AAUAGAAGCGCCCGCAGAGAAGCAGCAUGAGAUCAGUCUGGGGGAAAGAAGGCAUUGCAGUUAAUUUCACCUUACGAGAUUUUGAUCUUUAUUUGGGACAUGUGGCGCAUGAGCAAACUUGGUUAUAAAUCAGUACCCAAGUUGGAAGAACUGAAAAAACAGUGGAGAGAACAGGAGACUGAACUUCGAAAGGCACGAAAAGCGCAGCAUCUGCUCGGCAAACGACUGUUGUUGGAUAUUUCAGCUUCUGAUGAGCCCCUAGAUGAUCUGGAGUCCUAUGCCCUUUCUGAACAGCAGGUUACACAGAUCAUCAAGGUUCUGAAACAUGGAUCAGCAGAGAAGCUUGAAUCUCUUAUUUCUCUCCGAUGUUCUCUCCAAAGAGAGGACGUUCGCCUUAUGUUUGUCAAGGCUGAAGGCAGCAUCCAACUUCUGAUAGGACUAUUCACCUGCUCGUUUGCCGAUGUCCAGCUAGAAGCAGCUCGGUGCUUACACGAACUCUCUCAGUCAGACAAUUCAUCCGUCUCCCAGUCAUGUCUGCCAGCAACCUCAUACCUCCUCACUUACUUAUCAGGGAACAGCCCCGAGUUUACAGAAAUGUGCUUAUAUGUUUUGGGAAACCUGAUCGUGGAAGGUGAGGCAACAAGGAACCAGCUCCUUCUUCAAGGUAUCAUCCCUGCUCUAGCGCUGUGUACUCAGUCCCCUCAGGUGAGCGUAUUAGAAGCCGUGGGCUACACACUGUCUCAGCUUCUAGCAUCAAAAGAAGCUCCUGAAAAGAUCAUUCCAAUUGUUCUUGAAUCAGCACUGACUGAGGCAAUAGUCAGACAUAUAUAUUUUGAGACAGAAGACCGGAUCGGGGUGGCAGUAGAGUUUGCGUGGAGUCUCCAUUACAUUAUUGCCAGCCAAGUGAAUAAUCUGUUGCUAAUUUCACAAGGCAUUGUGCCUAAACUAGUACAGAUUCUGUCGGACCUUUCUACACUUGCUUUGCGAAGUGCUCCUCCUGACCUGGAACUGUUGAUAUGUCCAUUGGUUCGUUGUGUGGCAAAUUUACUGACCGAAGUUGACGCAACAGGCAACAAAGUCCAGAUUCAUGAUGGUCGCUUGUUGGUGGCUCUGUUUGUUUUUAUAGAACAGUAUCAUAACCAGCAUCAUUUUUUGCUCACCGAAUGUCUGUGGGCUAUCAGCAAUCUUACAGUGGAAGAUCCUGUUGUUGCUUCGGCCAUGCUGCACUAUAAUAUGGUGCCAGUAUUGAUGAAUUUUCUACUUCCUUCUAAAGACAUAGCUGCAAUGGUGCUGACAAUUUUGUGUAGUAUAGCAGAUUUGGGACCUCUUUAUUGUGAACAAUUGAGACAAAAAAACAUUCUUCCCUGUCUAAUGAGUACACUUGGAGGUGCAGAUGUGCAAGUGACUCUCCGAAGUCUGGAUGCAAUGAUCUACCUCUUCCGAAAUUGCCCAGAUCUUGCAGAAGACUUUCUUAAUAACUAUGGUCUGCCGUUUCUUGAGCCAUAUAAAAACAAUGUUCUUUUUCAUGAGCAAGUGCAAACUAUUUGGAACCUGUGUACAAUGCAGGUGAAUGAAGACAGUAAUAAAUCAUCAACUAUGGAAUAAAACUUCUUAAUGUAGAAGACUGAACAAUGAAGGAACACUGACCAGACAUUUUUUAUUACCGUUUGUUGAAUAAGACAGAUUAUAUUUUUCUAAUAAAAUAAAGUGAACAAAUGCCGAGA